UGUUUGAAGAUAUUUCUAUCAAUAAUUAUCUAGCGGAAGAUGAUAUUAUUGAUAUGGAGAAAAGCGCGGAUAGAAAAUAUUUUGAUUGGAGAAUUCUCAAUUUUUGUCUUAGAAAGAAGGUUGAUAUUGAGUCCUGGAUCGAUACCGGAAGCAAAGAUAAAAAAAAUACUAAGACUAGGACUAAUAAGUAUCAAAUAAUUGAUAAAAUUGAUAAGAAAAAUCUUUUUUCUUACAAUUCACCAAGAUCAAGCAGUUAAUUCAUCCAAUCAAAAAGGUUUUUUUUUUGAUUGGAUGGGAAUGAAUGAAGAAAUAAAAAAUUGUCUUAUAUCCAAUUUUGAACUUUGGUUCUUUCGAAAAUUUGUGAUACUUUACAACACAUAUAAGAUAAAACCAUGGGCGAUACCCAUCCAAUUUCUUCUUUUCAAUUUUCAUAGAAAUGAAAAUGUUAGUAAAAAUAAUAAAAUUAACAGGAAGAAAAAUAGCGAUCUUUUUAUAUCUAUAUCAUCGAAUGAAAAAAAAAUUAUUGAAUUAGAGAAUCAAAAUCACUAAGAAAAAGAAUCAUAAUAACAAUUUGACUUUGGGUCAGUUUUCGCAAAUCAAGAAAAAGAUAUUGAAGAAGAUUAUAUAGAAUUAGAUAUGAAAAAACAUAGAAAUAAAAAGCAAAACAAAAGUCAUAUGGAAGUAGAACUUGAUUUCUUCCUAAAACGGUAUUUAUGUUUUCAAUUAAGAUGGAAUGGUUCUUUAAAUCACAAAAUAAUCAAUAAUAUCAAAGUAUAUUGUCUCCUGCUUAGACUGACAAAUCCACGAGAAAUUAUUAUAUCUUCUAUUCAAAGGCAAGAAAUAAGUUUGAAUAUUCUGAUGGUUCAGAAGGAUUUAACUCUUACGGAAUUAAUGAAAAAGGGAAUAUUGAUUAUCGAACCUGUUCGUCUGUCGGUAAAAAAUGAUGGACAAUUUAUUUUGUAUCAAAUGGUAGGUAUCCUAUUAGUUCAUAAGAACAAACAACAAAUUAAUCAAAAAUACAGAGAAAAUUUUUAUGUUGAUAAAAAGAAUUUUACCGAAUCUAUUGAAAGACAUCAAAGUAUAAUUGGAAAUAGAAACAAAAAUGAUUAUGAUUUACUUGUUCCUGAAAAUAUUUUAUCCCCUAAACGUCGUAGAGAAUUAAGAAUUCUUUUCAAUUUAAAAAAUCAAAAUGAUAUUCAUAUAAAUACAGAAAUUUUCAAUGGUAAUAACAUAAAAUAUUGUAGUCCCAUUUUAGAUAAAAGCAAACAUUUUGAUAGAGAUAAAAAGAAACUAAUUAAAUUACAAUUUUUUAUUUGGCCCAAUUUUCGAUUAGAAGAUUUAGCUUGUAUGAAUCGUUAUUGGUUCGAUACUAAUAAUGCUAGUCGGUUCAGUAUGGUAAGAAUAUAUAUAUAUCCGCGGUUGAAAUUUUGAUAAGGGUGCAUUUUUCAUAUAUCCCAUAGCAUAUCUGAUUUAGUAUAUGAAAACAAGGAGAUGGGUACGUCAUUCUAUUUCUAAUCAACUCCAUAUUCCAUUCUGAUACAUGGAAUUCAAUUAUGUAUAAAUUAGAUCUAGAAACGAAUCAAUGGAAUUUUUUUCUUUUCAUAUUAAGUAGAAUUUUUUCUCUUUUGUAAGCGAAGAAAUAUACCAUCCUUUUGUAUCUAUAACCGAAUAAAAAAAAAAUUGGAUUGAUUAAUGAUAAAUUGUAUUUAACAAAAUUUUGAAUUACUAACAAAGUAAAGAUUUUUGUUUAUACCAAAUUAAAAUGAACUGACAUUAUUUUAUUUAAUAAAUUUUUUAUUAUUACUGAUCAAUAAAAAAAUAUUUUAAACUUAAUUAAUAAUUAAUAAUUAAAAAGGGAAGUGCUUGUUUUAUGGUAAAAAAUUCAUUCAUUUCAGUUAUUUCACAAGAAGAAAAAGACGAAAACAAGGGAUCUGUUGAAUUUCAAAUAGUAAGUUUCACUAAUAAGAUACGAAGACUUACUUCACAUUUGGAAUUGCAUAGAAAAGACUAUUUAUCUCAGAGAGGUUUGCGAAAAAUUCUAGGAAAACGACAACGACUCCUGUCUUAUUUAGCAAAGAAAAAUAGAGUACGUUAUAAAGAAUUAAUUAUCCUGUUGGAUAUUCGGGAAUCAAAAACUCGUUAAUUUUAAGUGUUUUUUUGUAUUAUUUGAUUUAUUAGAUCUUGAGAUGAACUUCUUUUUGUUUUCAGUAAUUCAUGGACGAAUGGAUCAAGGAAACCCUAUGAAUGUACCAGCUACACGAAAAGACCUUAUGAUAGUUAAUAUGGGUCCCCACCACCCAUCAAUGCAUGGUGUUCUUCGCCUCAUCGUUACUCUAGACGGGGAAGAUGUUAUUGACUGUGAACCAAUAUUAGGUUAUUUACACAGAGGAAUGGAAAAAAUUGCGGAAAAUCGAACAAUUAUACAAUAUUUGCCCUAUGUAACACGUUGGGAUUAUUUGGCUACUAUGUUCACAGAAGCAAUAACAGUAAAUGG